GCGCCCGCGGAGGACAGGGGCCGCCGGCGGAGCGCGCAGCCGCCCCGGCCCGGCCCGCGGCCCCGCGCCUGCCUCCGCUCGUAAGCAGCCCCGGGCCCCCAGGACUUGGCGAGCCGGCCUUAGGUUCUUUGUAAGGCCGUGCUCUCCUCGCUUCCUCUUCAUCGACCAGGAGAAAAAAAAAAGAGACUUGCUAACGUUGGGGGUUCGGCCUCUUGUUCAUUGAGAAAAAAAAAAAGGAGGGGGGAGGAAUAAAAAAAAAAAGAGGAAAUACUCCGCGUGCGCUUCUGGAAGGGAGGUCAUCUCUCCAGCCCGGAAUCCGGGAGGGUUCCAACGGUGGAGGAUCGGGUUCCAAAUUUCUCCCGUGGUUUUAGUCCUCCCACCGAUUGCUUGGAAGUUGGACUGAAGCAGAGUUUGGAAAAGAAGGAAAAAGUUUGCAUCGGGACUGGAUUUAUUUGCACAUCGCUGGAAGAAGAGAAACCAAGGGAGAGAGGGGUUGGUGCAAAGCCGCGAUCACGGAGUUCAGAUGUGUUCUAAGUCUGCUGGAGUGAACACACUGCCAAGACCUGAUGGAGGCCAGAGCUCAGAGUGGCAACGGGUCGCAGCCUUUGCUGCAGGCACCCCAUGACAGUGGCAGGCAGCAGCGUGGGGAGCCGGAUCCCAGAGAUGCCCUUACCCAGCAGGUACACGUCUUGUCUCUGGAUCAGAUCAGAGCCAUCCGAAACACCAAUGAGUACACAGAGGGGCCUACUGUGGUCCCAAGACCUGGGCUCAAGCCUGCUCCUCGCCCCUCCUCUCAGCACAAACAUGAAAGACUCCACGGUCUGCCCGAGCACCGCCAGCCUCCCAGGCUCCAGCCCUCGCAGGUCCAUUCUUCACGGGCCGCUCUGUCCAGGUCCAUCAGCACCGUCAGCUCAGGGUCUCGGAGCAGUACAAGGACCAGUACCAGCAGCCGCUCCUCCUCGGAACAGAGACUCCUAGGAUCUUUCUCCCCCGGGCCUGCUGCAGAUGGGAUAAUCCGAGUGCAGCCUAAGUCUGAGCUCAAGCCUGGCGAGCUUAAGCCGCUGAGCAAAGAUGAUUUGGGUCUGCACGCCUACAGGUGUGAGGACUGUGGCAAGUGUAAGUGUAAGGAGUGCACCUACCCGAGGCCCCUGCCAUCGGACUGGAUUUGUGACAAGCAGUGCCUUUGCUCAGCGCAGAACGUCAUUGACUAUGGGACUUGUGUGUGCUGUGUGAAAGGUCUCUUCUAUCACUGUUCCAAUGACGAUGAGGACAAUUGUGCUGACAACCCGUGUUCCUGCAGCCAGUCUCAUUGUUGUACGAGAUGGUCAGCGAUGGGUGUCAUGUCUCUCUUUUUGCCUUGUUUAUGGUGUUACCUUCCAGCCAAGGGUUGCCUUAAAUUGUGCCAGGGAUGUUAUGACCGAGUGAACAGGCCUGGUUGUCGUUGUAAAAACUCAAAUACGGUUUGCUGCAAAGUUCCCACUGUCCCCCCCAGGAACUUUGAAAAGCCGACAUAGCAUUAUUAAUCAGGAAUACUGCAGUAGUAAGGAUUGUUGCUCCGCCCCCUCCUUUUUUAACACACAUGCAACCAACUAAACAGUUGUAAUCUUGGCACUGUUCAUAGAGGGUUAGGGGAUUUGUGGUUUGCAGUGAGAUUUUUUUUAUUUUUAUUUUAUUUUCUUUUGGAUUUUUUUGUUUUGUUUUGUUUUGUUGGGUUUUUGUUUUUGGUCCAUGUGCCAUUUUUAACUGAUACGCUUGCUAGAAUUCAGCUUAAUGGAACCCCAAGAAAGGGCAACAGAAGUUGGUGACCCACAUAUUGCAUAAACUAAAGUAGCCAACACUCCUAGUUGGAAGUUCUUGUUUGUGAAUAGUCCAUGCAAAAUUUGUAAAUUAGCAAAUGGCCCCCAGGCCCCUCCUUGUUUUCUCCAGAGAUAAUGUGCUAUAUUUUUGUAUAUACGAUAAUAUUUGCAACUGUGAAAAAAAAACAAGUUGUGCUAUGCUCCAUGGCACAGUCACAAAAUAUUAUACUAAUAUGUUGUACAUUCGGAAGAAUGUGAAUCAAUCAGUAUGUUUUUAGAUUGUAUUUUGCCUUACAGGAAGCCUUUAUUGUAAGCCUCUGAUUUCCCUUUGGACUUGAUGUAUAUUGUACAGUUACAGUAAAAUUCAACCUUUAUUUUCUAAUUUUUUCAACAUAUUGUUUAGUGUAAAGAAUAUUUAUUUGAAGUUUUAUUAUUUUAUAAAAAAAAGAAUAUUUAUUUUAAGAGGCAUCGUAAAUUUUGCCCCUUGUAUGAGGACGUGAUGGUUGCUGCAAAGGAGACGUUACAGAUGCUAUGUUCAAUAUAAAAUAGAAAAUAUAUUAACGUUUGAAAUUAAA